GGUUCCUCUGUAUACUAAUUACUUUCCUGUUCAUAUUCGAUAUAUCGAUACAAACAAAAGUGCUGCCACCACAACAAGAAAAUCAUAUGUCAGUUAUUCCCUUCAUUCGCUGCUUGCUGUUUGUUGUAUAAACGAAGUUUUGGAAAUAAAAAUGAGCGAUUCUGAAACAUACGAUUCUGAUACACAUUAUUGUUCGGAAAAUGAAAUUGAUUCUAAUUCCAAUUUAGAAAAUGAAUCUGAUAUUGUAACUGCAUCAUCUGAAAACGAUGAAUUAAUAUCAGAUGACGAUACAGAAUUCAAUUCCAGUUUACAAAAUGAAUCUGCUAUUGUAAUUGAAUCAUCUGAAAAUGAUGAAUUAAUAUCAGAUAUCAAUACAGAAUUAAAUUCCAAUUUGGAAAAUGAAUUUUUUAUGGAAAUUGAAUUAAUUGAAAACAAUGAAUCAAUACAAGAUUUGACUGGAGAAUUGAAUUCCAGUUUGGAAACUGAAUUAAUUGAAAAUAAUGAAUCAGUAUCAGAUUUCACUGCAGAAUUGAAUUCGGUUACGCCUCAAGAAACACAGUGUCAUGAAGCUUGUAUGAAAUUAAACAAAAUAUUCUCCAAUAUUGAUCCUGAAGUUAUUAAAAGGAUUUACAUUCGCCAAGCGAAUGAUACCAAUUUAAAGAAUGAAGAUUUAUUAAAUGCCGUUGUUGAAGAGAUUUUAAAUAAAGAAACAAACAGAAAUCAAUUUGAAAUGUCUAUGGAUGUACAGGAAUCAAAAAAUGAAACAUUUGAAGCAACAGCGUUUUCAGGGACUGAAGAAUUAGAAAAUAAUGCUCUAGAAACAAAUGAAGAGGAUGAAAAUGAGAAUGAAGAAGAAACAGAAUUUGAACCUUUUGAUGUUGAACAAUUUUUAAUAGUAAAACCAAAUGCAGUAGAAUAUUUUGAAAAUCCUGCAAGAAAAUGUGAAUAUAGUCCAACUAUGUUCGAAUUAUUAAAAAACUAUUUCAGAAAGUUAACGGUAUCAACCAUAACCGAGGAGUAUACGAAAAAGGGAUUCAAUGCUGUUAAAACAUUUCAAUUAUUAAAAAUUAUGAACAACGAAAUUAAAAUAAAUCGAGAGAAAACAAAAAUAGAAGCAGAAAAUUUGCAGGCUAUGUUUGAAUUCAAUUAUAUAAUUCAUAGAGAAAGUAUACAUGAUUUUAUUGCACAGCAAAUAGAUCGUGAAGAAAUUAUACUUCAAAUGAUGAGGGAAAAUGAGGAACAAUUAGAAUGCGAAUGUUGUUAUGAGAAGAUAAAUUCUUCAUCAAAAUUGGCAAUAACUUGUCAAGAAGGACACGUUUUCUGCAAUAGAUGUGCAAUUCUAGGAACAAAUACUGAAUUAGCAAAAGGUUGCCCCCGUAUAAAAUGCUUUCAAGAAUGUAACAGCGAAUUUAAUUUAAAUUCAUUGCAAAAAAUUCUUACGCCAGAUAAAUUCAAAAUUCUUUUGUCAAAAGUACAAGAAGGAGAAAUAGCAGCAGCUAAAAUCGAAGGAUUAGUAUCGUGUCCAUUUUGUUAUUAUGCUUCAAUUCCACCGGAAAAUGAUAAAAUUUUCACCUGCAUGAAUCUCGAUUGUGGAAAAAAGUCCUGCAGAUUGUGCAAAAAACUGGAUCACUCGCCAAAAGAAUGUGAGAGAAUAGAAAAAAAUAAAAAAGCACGUUUGAUUUUGGAAGAAAAAAUGACAGCUGCUUUAGUACGAAAAUGCAGAUGUGGUAAAGAAAUAAUUAAAGAUGGCGGGUGUAACGUUGUUACUUGUUCUUGUGGGGAAAGUUUUUGCUAUUUUUGUGGAAAGUCAGGUAUUACACAUGAUCACAUAUCACGAGGAUGUGGUACUCCUAUUACUGCUAAUACAGAUGCCUCUAAUGUUGUGUAUGUUGCACAAAAAAUAAAAAAUGAACUACUCAAAAUUGAUCCUAAUCUCGAAAUUAAUAUGGAUUCAAUUCUUCCAACAGUUCAUCAUAACUCUCAUACAACAAUUGUUUCGACCCAUGCUCUAACGGAAUCAUCAACACUUCCGGAAUUGUAAGAUCUUUCUAUUAUCCUGAAAAUAGAAAACCAUAUCAUGAAUAUAUUUUUUAUUAAGAUUUAAAUUAUUAUUUUAAUUAUUGAUAUCAGUUAAAAUUGUUUUUAUUUUUAAUUUAACGUAAAAACCAUUACUUUUUUUUCAUCGAUUAAAAAAAUGUUCACUUUUAGUUUUGUUUUGUACACUUUUUAUUGGUUAUCGGUUUUUCAUUUCAGUGAACGUCGAAUAAAGUAUAUAUCUAUUUUCUGAAUGAUCCGCAAUACAAACUGUAUUAAAUUUCGAUACGUUUUAAUAUUAACGAUAUUACACUUAAAAAUAAUUCAACAUCUUUGAAUUGAAGUUCAGUAAAAUUUUUUUUUUUUUAAUAAAUCAAUUUAAUUUUGUUAAAUUAUCAAGUUAUGUUUGAAAAUCGAUGAUGAAAAAUCAAUGUAUGUAUUAAUGUUACUUGAAAAUAAAGUUUGAAUA